GUUUGCAGCACAACGCAAUGGAUGGUGCGCAACAGGCUCAUCUUUGAAGGAGAACCAACAUCGGUAGAGCAAAGUUGCGUCGAGUUCCGGGUGACGGGAGUUCGUCAGUUGAAGGCAAUAGCAAGGAGGGACAAGAUGAGUCCACAAACAGUUGAACAAGGCAAGUUGAUGGAGGACUGUAUCGACAGUUUUCUAUUAAUCCUUGAACAACCAGGACAAGUACGGGUAAGCAGCAUGCAGCUACCAAGAGAAUCGCCAUUAGUGGUGAUGAUGAAAUCUUCUUUAGGAUUUUAA